GCGUCGUGGGGGCCCUCAGCUGUUUCCCGCCAAAGAUCGCCAUUACAAAACGCGUUCGGGCGUUGUGUGUGCGCGCCGCGCGGAGCGUGUGGCUGUCUCGUGGACGAGUCUCCGUGUGUGCCGCCGGUAUUUGCUGAGAAAGAAAAAAGGGGUUUGUCGCGAGACGAAGCCGUGGGAGCCCGUGUGCGGUGGCGCGUAUGCAAUUUUAUUACGUCGUGUCACAAUCCGGAUAUAUAUAUAUAUAUAUAAGUAUAUAUACGUGUUUGGUAUAAAACGCGCGUUGUUUCUCCUCCCUCCCGCGUCCCGGUGAAGUGCGCGGUGUCGGGCGAGCGAACAACCGGGCGAGAAAGAAGUGCCGCGAGAAAGAGUGAGAGCAACGAGCGAAGGAAGACAUCGAAAAGGAGAGAACGAAAGAGAGAGAGAGAGCAACGGAUCCCGUGGUCUUCUCGCAGCCGCGACGACGGCUGUCAAGGACGUGAAAUUCGCUUGGCGGGAUUCGCGGUGCUGCCGACCGACAAGAUAUGUCAGUGUUUGGUGGUGACGAUCGGAUUUUGAUCGAGGAAAUCGUCGAGACGGCUGUGCAGCCGGAGGCCGAACUGUGCGGAAGCGUCGAGACGGUGGACGACGGAUCGGUGACCACGAGCGUGACAGUCGCCGAGGUUGCUGAUACUCAAGAGCAGCAACCGCAGCAACAGCAACCGCCGCCGCAGUCCAAGGCUAACGUUGGGACUGGCCGACGAGUUGCCAGUCAGAACGUUGUGUUAAACAACAGCAGCAGCAACGGUAUCAGCAACGUCGGCCGUGUCACGCCGCGCAGCCACAUGGAGCAGGAGAAGCGAAUGCGGCGAGAAAUCGCCAACAGCAACGAGCGACGUCGUAUGCAGAGCAUCAAUGCUGGUUUUCAAUCUCUGAGGACAUUGUUGCCGCACCACGAGGGCGAGAAGCUGUCUAAGGCUGCGAUACUCCAACAGACUGCCGAAUACAUCUAUCAAUUGGAACAGGAGAAAACGCAACUAUUGUCACAGAACUGUCAGUUGAAGAGAUUGGUAAACCAACACGAAGGUGGUGAUGUACCUAUCAAGAAGCGCAAGGCCGACACUCAAGGUGUCGUCGUUAGUCUACCGAUGCACGUCAGCGAGAGCGGCGAUGAGGGCUUGGGCAGUAUGUCCCCCGAGCCGUUGUCGGUAAUCACAGUGACCACAGAGGGACAUUCCGUUGUGAACAGCGAGGUGGUGGAGCUCAGGCGACAGCUAGAGAGAGAACGUCACGCGAGACUGCAUUUAGAGAAACAAAUGAGAGCAAUUCAGAGCCAGUUGUAUCCUGACAGAUUCCGGGACAAUCAGCUAAUCGCUUAUCAGCCCCACGAGGUGAUCGAGCAUACGGAUAACGUGAUGGCACAGGAGACGGAGGAUAUGGCGACGCUCCAAGUGGUCUCGGUCAUGUCUUUGCCACCUGUGGGUUCCACUCAGACCGUUGAGACAUCCAGUCCUGAUCCUAGUUCGCCUCCGUUGUCCCCGCAACCAGCCGACAUGGUGCCGGUUGAAGAAAUCAAAGAAGAAGAGUCCCGUUCGGGCAGUCCGAAGCUUGUCACUUUCGCCCAGAAUCAAGUGUUCACGACGAUGGAGGAGCAGACCACCGCGGACUCGUUUUCGUCAUCGAGUCGCGUCACGUACGCGUCGUCCAACGACUUCAAGAACGCAUCGCCGCAGUACAUCGGCGGCAGCCCGAGCAGACCGUUCUCGCCAGCCGCGGAGCCGCAGCGACUGCCGAGCGUUCUGGAAGCUGCGAUGAAAGCCGAGCCCAAAGUCGAGGUGGAAAGAUUGCCCUCUCCAUCAAACUCCCUGGACGAUCCUCCGAGGUUAUACAUAGCCAACACAUCCCGGCAGAAUUUAGAGACGAUUGUCGAAGCGAUACGUCACCUGGAAGGUGAUCAUCUGUUCAGCGAUGAGCCCGCGCAAGACGUUCCUUUGGCGUUGACUAACAAGCAACAACAGCAGCAACAACAAACAAACACGACAUCGACGAAAUCUGCUACCACGACGUCCUCUUCGCCUUCUUCCUGUUCCUCGGCGUCGACGUCAUCCGCGACGUCCGCGAAGCAACGGAUACUGAAGGAACACUUUCUUCAGUUUCACACGCCGCAACAGGCCCAACAGCGACCCGGCGUGAUCGUGGUGAAGCACUCGUGAUCUAACAAUGCGUCACGUUCCGUGCACUGAACAAUGCACCCAGAACGACGAUGACGCACUUUCUUCCGCCGCUCGACAUCGCCGCGGUUUUUAUCGUACGGAAACGAGAAAUCCCUUUCGGCUCACUCGGGAGAGAGCGAGCACUUGCGAAGACGCGGCGAGAUACGGCGGCGGUGGUCAUCGUGAUCGCGUUCUUCUCUUAAAGAGAGAGAGACAUAGAGAGAGGAAGAGGAGAGAAAAAGAGCAAGUGAGAGUGAGAGAGAGAGAGAGAGAG